AUGUCCAAUCAAAAGAGCACAGAGUCAGCCAUCAAGAAUCUAGAAGUCCAGGUGGGACAAUUGGCAAAACAACUGGCAGACCGACCGUCAAGCAGCUUUGGAGCCAACACAGAGAAGAAUCCAAAGGAGGAGUGCAAGGCUGUUAUGACUAGAAGCAAAAUGAUGAGCAUGAUUGAAGGUGAGAAGAGGAUAAGUGAAGAAAAACAACAGCUGAUGACUGAAACAGAAAUUGACCCAGUGGUGGAACCUUUGAGUGAGACUGAGGAAGAAGUGGAAGUAGAAGAUGAUCAGCAGAAGGAGAUACCAAUAAUAGCUCUUAUUGAUUUGGGAGCCAAUAUUAAUUUGAUGCCGCUUUCCAUGUGCCGGAGGCUUGGAGAGUUGGAGAUAAUGCCGACUAGGAUGACUUUACAUGUAGUAGAUCGCUCCAUCACCAGACCUUAUGGAGUAAUAGAGGAUGUUUUAGUACGAGUCAAAAACCUUAUCUUUCCUGCUGACUUUGUGGUAAUGGACAUAGAGGAAGAUACAGAUAUUCCCUUAAUUUUGGGACGUCCAUUUAUGGCCACUGCAAGCUGUGUAGUAGACAUGGGAAAGAAGAAGUUAGAAAUGGGUAUUGAAGACCAAAAGAUUAGGUUUGAGCUAUAUUAG